AUGGGUGGCAAAGGUAAAGGAGGAGGAGCUGCUGGGAAAGGUGGCGGCGGUGGUGCUAGCGCUGCUGGAAAAGGUGGAGGAGGAGGAGGUGUGGGGUCAGGAAUGAUGGUAGCACCAGGGAGUAGAGGUGCAACAUAUAUUUCGAGGGACUCUUUUGAGAGCAACACCAAGGGUUACUUCUCUGGGCUGCAUUCGAGCGAGAAGGGCAACAAAUAG